AUGGGUACAAAUAAACUACUCAAGAAAGCAGAGGCAAACAUUGCUAAGAAUGACUUCUCCGAGGCAAUUAAGAAUUUAGUAUCAGCAGCUAAUUCCAACCCGGAUGACACCCAAAUUGAAGCCAUCGAGUCGUUAAUUGAUCAAAUUACCGAUUUCGUUAUUAAUAGUAGUGCCGUGACAAAGUUUCAACCCACAGAUCUAACUGCAUUUACUAACACUCUACGUUCCAGUUGCAAUGGGUCUACUCAAGCUCAAUUAAACAAACUGAACAUCUUAUCUUCCAUCCUCGAACCACCGCCAGCCAGUGCAAGAGCCAUGAAUGACGCAGGCAGUAACAAUGGUGGGUUUCAUUUAAGAGGGCUCUUUGGAGGUAAUAAUCAAAAUUCUGGAUCUGGUUCAUGGACUUCCAAUUUUCUUUAUGGUCAAAAUGGUCAGAGCCAUAUCAAUUCCAUUGGGGCGCUGGCAUCUUUUUUACCUCUAGCUACAUCGUAUAUGGCCUCGGGGAAUAAUAAUAAUAAUCAACAAUAUCAAGCCCAAAUGGAGCAACAAAUGGGUCAGCAAGUUGGCCAACAAUUGCAACAGCAAUUGCAAUGGAAGAUGCAACAAAAACGUCAAGAUGAACAACAGUAUCAACAACAGAUGCAGCAACAAUACCAACAGCAGCAACAGUAUCAACAGCAAAUGCAACAGCAACAACAACAGGAACAACAACGUCAAGAAGAACAAAGAAGACAAGAAGAACAACGCAAAGAAGAGCAAAAGAGAAGAGAGGAAGAACAAAAGAGACAAGAAGAACAACGUAAAGAAGAACAAAAGAGGAGAGAAGAAGAACAAAAGAGACAAGAAGAACAACGUCAGCAAGAACAGAAAAGAAGAGAGGAAGAACAAAAGAGACAAGAAGAACAACGUCAGCAAGAACAGAAAAGGAGAGAAGAAGAACAGCGUCAACAAGAAGAACAACGUCAAAGAGAGCAAAAAGAGAGAGAAGAUAAGGAAAGAGAACAACAAUUGCAGAAGCAAAAGGAGGAAGAGGCCCAAAGAAACCAACAACCGAGUCAAACACCUUACGGUCAACCUGUUUAUUAUCUACAGGGAGCGUAUCCACCUCAAGUAGGGUAUCCACCUCAAGCGGGAUAUCCACAAGGAGUAUACCCUCAAGCAUCGUACCCACCAAAUCCACAAGUACCAUAUGGACAACCACAAUAUCCUCAGAUGCCUUACCAACCCUAUCCAUAUCAACAACCACCAUUUGCACCUGUCGGCUAUCAACCAUAUCCAUACCCACAACAACCUUACUUACAACCACAAGUGCCUGUGCAAGCUCAAGGGCAAGCACAAGCUCCACCUACCUAUACAGAAAGUAUAAGCGGGGGACAACAUAUGCCUGAUCAUAAGAAUGCAGCAGCGUCCUCUUCUUCAUCACCACCUUUCAUCCCUCCAAAUUCAAAUGCUGCUCCUAUCUACCCCCCACAACCACCUAAUUUCCAGGGUCCUCAACACUAA